UGCCGGCUGAUGCAGCUGGCGGUCUGAGGAGGGACGCUCAGAGGCACACCACCCAGGCCCCAUGGCAUGAAGCACGGCUUUGGCUGUAGCCCAGGAGUCUGGCUUUGUGGUUUGUGCUGAAGUUAGGAUGAACAAUUGAGACCUUCUCUCAUUCUUCCUAGCAACAGGGACACCUUCAACUGUAAGUAUUUUUGUAAGCAGGGUUGUCAUUUAGUUUUAAUAUCUAAAAAAUGCUAUAGUGUUUUAAGAAGUGGUUUGCUUGAUAGUGUUUUUGAUUUUUUUUCCUUGUUUCGUUUUUUGUUUGUUUGUUUGCUUGUUGUUGGUUAAGGUUAAUUAGUUAAGAUUCUUCUGGUUUUUGAGUUGAGCCACCUGAGAUUGAUCUGAGGAUAGUUUCAGUUUGGAGCAUUGUCUUUGGUUUUAAGACAGACUAUUUGUAUUGUUUUUGAGGAAGUGCUUCCAAUACAAUUCUUUGUUCUGAUGACUCAUUUUCUACAAUUAUUGGAAGUGGGAGGAAGUCCACAUAUAUCUACACAGUUUUAAACUUAUAACUAGACCUGUGCCAUUCUAUAUGCUGUUUCAUGUAUAUGUAUAUAUAUGUAUGUUACUUUUUGAGUAUUCAGCUUCUGAACUUUAUCAAUGUUAUGCUGUGCUUUUUUCGUUUAACCCAGAAACUAGAGUUAGAGAAACAAGAGCCCUCUCCAUUCUGCACCGUUGUUAGCCUGUUCAAUAGAGACUGAUGUUGCAUUUUUUUUUAUUUCUCUGUGUAAGGAGCUGAAAGACAAUGUGAACAAACUCAUUGCAUUUGAGGUAGCUGCUGGCCAGGCCUGUUGCAACAGCUGAUGGGCUCCUCUGAGUUCCAAGAGCUAUUUUGGUAGAUUAGCUGGGAUCAAGGCUCUCCAGUUCAGGCCAUAAAAGGCCCGUCCCCUGUGAGCUGCCCCACUGCUUCUGACCGCGUCCUUCCAGGCUGAAGUGUCCUCAGGUUUCACGUGGAUUUACCCAGUAAUGGAUGGCCACACCAAGGCCAGAUUGGGGAAGUUCAGCAUCAGGGACACUGGGAGACUGACAACUUCCAAAAGAAGACUCUUUUUAAUAAUAUUUUGGCGAUCUUUUUUCAGAGAAACUUUGGGGAUGUAGCCUUCACCUAUGUACUGCAGUUGGCACCCACAUGCCUCGUGGAGAGCACCGUUCUAAAUUUAUCCUGUUCUGAAUCAUCACUUCGAAUAGAUGCACUUGCCUGGUUUGCAUUGUGAUAUUUGAUUUGUAUAGUGUUUUUUGGCCUAACUUUUGAUAUUUUACUUUUUGUUUAGAAUUUGAAAGUAGUGUUCAUUGAAAGGAGGAGACCCAAAGAAAAUACUUAAGGACGCCCAAAUCUGGAUUCAAGGAUAUAUCGUGUUUUGUUUUGUUCUUUUUAAUUAGAAAAAUAAGGAAGUAGAGUUUGAUUUCCCCCCCUUUUAACGUAGAGGAACAAGGAUUAUACAGAAAUUUGAACUUUCAGAAAGAGCUCUUGCUUGAAGAUAAAGAACAGUUUGCUAACUGCAGAAGAAGAAGCGAUGCUAAGUUUUUAACUGCACUUCCUAAAGUUGCAGAAUUAAGAAAAAUCUUUGAACCAAAGAGGAAAGAAUUUUUAGAAAUGAAAAGAAAAGAAAGAAUUGCCAGGCGCUUAGAAGGAAUUGAAACGGACACCCAGCCCAUCCUCUUGCAGAGCUGCACAGGGUUGGUGACGCACCGGCUGCUGGAGGAAGACACGCCCAGAUACAUGCGUGCCACAGACCCGACCAGCCCCCACACCGGCCGAUCUAAUGAAGAGGAAGAAACUUCUGAUUCUUCGUUAGAAAAGCAGAGUCGACCUAAACACUGCCCAGAAACCCCAGGGGUCCAUGGUGACUCAGGUAUCAUGGACACCCAGAGUCUGGAGUCCAAAGCUGAAAGGAUCGCAAGGUACAAAGCAGAGAGAAGACGACAACUGGCAGAAAAAUAUGGGCUAGCUCUGGACUCUGAGGCAGACUCUGAAACUCCGUCUCGAUACACCAAGUCCAGGAGGGAGCCAGAUGCUGUUGAGAAAAGGGGAGGAAAAAGUGAAAGGCUGGCUGAGUCAAGCAAAGACUACAGUUCUUCGUAUUCCAGGGCUGAGAUUCCAGGGCUCAGGACCAGCGUGGCUGAAUCCCAGGACUACACCCUCCAUACCAGGGACAGUGUUGUCAACGCAGAGGUGCUGCUCAACAUGGAAAACCAAAGACGAGGUCAAGAGCUGAGUGCCACUGGGCAGCAGGCCCACGAACUGCCCCCCACAGUUGAGAGUUCCUCAUCCUUCUCGUUCUCCGGGCAAGACUGCUCCUUCAGUGAAGUGCCAAGGUCCCCAAAGCAAAUGCACAGUGUACCCCUCUCCUCACCUGGGCAGCCAGCCUCCCCAAGCCACUCUGGUGACCCACCACUCCCUGCUGAGGCUCGAUCCAGUACAGGGAAACUCAAACAUGAGUGGUUUCUCCAGAAAGAUUCCGAAGGGGACACACCUUCACUUAUCAACUGGCCUUCCAGAAUUAAAGUUAGAGAAAAAAUGGUGAAAGAGGAGAGUGCUCGCAGCAGCCCAGAACUUGCCUCAGAGUCCUUAACUCAGAGGAGACAUCAGCCAGUGCCGGUGCAUUACCUGUCCUUUCAGUCAGAAAACUCGGCCUUUGAUAGGGUCACAGCCAAAGCAGCCGGCUCUGCCCGACAGCCGAUCCGGGGCUAUGUCCAACCAGCAGAUCCUGUGCACACAGCAAUGCUGGUGACUUCAGAAACCCCAGAAAGUGUGUCCGAGUGCAGCUGGGUGGAAUCAGCCACCCAGAACGCCAUGAAGCCUCCCACCCUGAAGGUUCUCGAAAGUGAGAGAAGAGAUACCCCCAUCCUCCAUAUCUGUGAAUCACAAGCAGAAGAAGAGGUGCCCCUGACAGAAGCUCUCGAGAAAAGCAGGAAAGCACUCCUGGCUUUGGAGGACAGUGGGCUUGAGGGAAGUCAUGACGACCCCUCUGGAAAGGAGGAGUUUGGCAUGUCCACUCUUGGCACUAUCACCUUGGAACACCAGGAGGAGCCAGAAAGUCCAUCACACCCACCUCAAGCCCAGCACCAGUUCACUGAGAGGACAGGCAGGAGCGAAAUGGUUGUGCAUGUUCAGAGAGAGCCUGUGUCCCAAGAUGCCAGAUUGACAGAUCACAAAAAAGAAGCAUCAAGGAGGAAGCUCAAGGUCCUCACCCGCUCCCUGUCUGACUACACGGGCCCCCCUCAGCUCCAGGCCCUGAGGGGUCAGGAACAGUCUGAGCGGCAGAGUUCCAGAGCUGAGGGGCCCCACGCGGAGGCGAGCGUGCUGGACACCAAGGUCUCUGUCGCCCAGCUCCGAAAUGCAUUUCUGCAGUCUGCCAGUGCCAGCAAGAAACCUGAACUCCAAUCGCGGCUUGAGAGGUCAACCAAAGGAGUUGGCUUGCCUACCAGUGUGGAACGGGAGAGAGGGUCCCGGAAACCACGACGCUAUUUUUCUCCUGGUGAAAAUAGAAAAGCUUCUGAGAGAUUUAGAACUCAACCUAUAACCUCAGCAGAACGAAAGGAGUCGGAUAGGUCUACUUCAAAUGCAGAAAUGCCAACGGCUGAGGAUGAAGAAAAGGUAGAUGAACGAGCCAAGCUGAGUGUUGCUGCCAAGAGGCUGCUUUUCAGGGAAAUGGAAAAGUCGUUUGAUGAGAAAAAUGUUCCAAAGCGACGUUCGAGAAACGCGGCUGUGGAGCAAAGACUACGGCGUCUGCAGGACAGAUCCCACACCCAGCCCGUGACCCCCGAGGAGGUGGUCAUUGCAGCCACUGAACCUCUCCCUGCUUCGUGCUCUGUGGCCACCCACCCUGUAAUGACAAGACUUCCUAGUCCCACUGUAGCUAAGAGCACUGUGCAGCCUGCCAGAUUACAGGCAUCUGCUCACCAAAAGGCUUUAGCCAGAGACCAGGCAAAUGAGGGCAAAGAUUCUGCUGAACAAGGUGAACCUGAUUCCUCCACUCUAAGCUUGGCAGAGAAGUUGGCCUUGUUUAACAAAUUGUCCCAGCCAGUCUCAAAAGCUAUUUCUACCCGAAACAGAAUAGACACGAGACAGAGGAGAAUGAAUGCUCGCUAUCAAACUCAGCCAGUCACACUUGGAGAGGUGGAACAGGUGCAAAGUGGAAAGCUCAUUCCUUUCUCACCCACGGUUAACACAUCUGUGUCCACCAAGGCAUCGACGGUCACUCCAAUGUACGCAGGGGAUCUUCGGACAAAGCCACCCAUGGAUGACAACACAAGUGCCACUGACUAUAAGUUUCCUUCUUCGUUAGAAAACUCAGAUGUUCCAGUUAGAAGCAUUCUGAAGUCCCAAGCCUGGCAGCCCUCAGGAGAGGGCAGUGGGAACAAAGGCAUGUUGAGAGAGUUUGGAGAGACAGAGAGUAAGAGAGUCUUGACAGGUAGAGACAGUGGUGUUAAAAAGCACGAGUCCUUUGAGGAGGCAGAGCCAUCCUACCCCAUUCUCAACCGAGUCCGGGAAGGAGACAGCCAGAAAGAACCUAAAUAUGCUGUCCUGAGAAAGGGGAGCCUGGAGCCGGCUAAUGCUCCUGUCGCUUACCUUGGUGAUGAGGAAUUUCCCGCUGCUAAAAGCAUUGCACAGGGGAACCCAGACUUGAAGGACAGGCAGCCCUUUGAAGAGAAGGUGGACGUGGAGAAUGUCACAAAGAGGAAGUUUUCGCUGAGAGCGGCCGAGUUCGGAGAGCCCACUUCUGAGCAGACCGGCACAGCUGCUGGGAAAACUGUUGCUCCAGCUGCAGCCCCAGUGUCCUGGAAGCAGCAGGAGCCUUCAGCGCAACCACAGGAGAAGCUCUAUAGGAAUCCAUGUGCGAUGUUUGCUGCUGGAGAGAUCAAAACGCCAGUGGUGGAGGGCAUCCUUGAUUCACCCAGCAAAACCAUGUCAAUUAAAGAAAGAUUAGCACUGCUGAAGAAGAGCGGGGAGGAAGAUUGGAAAAACAGACUUAGCAGAAAGCAGGAGUACGGCAAAGCAUCCAUCACGAGCAGCCUGCACAUACAAGAGGCGGAGCAGUCACUCAAGAAGAAGGAAGAAGGAGGAGUCACAGAUGAUAGUGCCAUUUCUAAUCUGCUUUGGGAACCUGUAUAUGCUUCUACUUAUUCUCCUGCUAUACCUGCUGCCCAUAAACACCUGUCUUUUGUAUCUAUUAAUCAGCGGGUCACAGAAAGUCGAGAGACCCAAAUGACUAUUGAAGAGAGAAAGCACCUCAUUACUGUGAGAGAGGAAGCCUGGAAGACCAAAGGCAAAGGAGCAGCUAACGACUCCACCCAGUUCACGGUGGCCGGGAGAAUGGUGAAGAAAGGUUUGGCAUCACCUAGUGCCAUAACGCCAACAGCGUCGCCAAUAUGCAGUAAGACAAGGGGUACAACACCCAUUUCCAAACCCCUGGAAGAUAUCGAAGCCAGACCAGACAUGCAGUUAGAAUCGGACCUGAAGUUGGACAGGCUGGAAACCUUCCUGAGAAGGCUGAAUAACAAAGUAGGUGGGAUGCAAGAAACUGUACUCACUGUCACCGGCAAAUCUGUGAAGGAGGUGAUGAAGUUGGACGAUGACGAAACCUUUGCCAAAUUUUACCGCAGCAUGGACGAGACUGUGCCAAGGAGUCCUGUGGAGCUGGAAGAAGACUUUGAUGUUAUUUUCGACCCUUAUGUUCCCAAGUUGACAUCUUCAGUGGCUGAGCACAAGCGCGCAGUCAGGCCCAAGCGCCGGGUUCAGGCUUCCAAAAACCCCCUGAAAAUGCUGGCAGCAAGAGAUGACCUCCUCCAGGAAUACACAGAGCAAAGACUCAACGUCGCCUUCAUGGAGUCAAAGCGGAUGAAAGUAGAGAAGAUGUCCUCCAACUCCAACUUCUCAGAAGUCACCCUGGCAGGUUUAGCCAGUAAGGAGAACUUCAGCAACGUCAGCCUGCGGAGUGUCAACCUGACAGAACAGAACUCUAACAACAGCGCUGUGCCCUACAAGAAGCUGAUGCUGCUGCAGAUCAAAGGAAGAAGACAUGUGCAGACCAGACUGGUUGAGCCUCGCGCCUCGUCACUCAACAGUGGGGACUGCUUCCUCCUGCUCUCCCCCCAUCACUGUUUCCUGUGGGUAGGAGAGUUUGCAAAUGUCAUCGAAAAGGCAAAGGCCUCAGAACUUGCAACUUUAAUUCAGACAAAGAGGGAACUUGGUUGUAGAGCUACUUAUAUCCAAACUAUUGAAGAAGGAAUUAAUACACACACUCAUGCAGCCAAAGAUUUUUGGAAGCUUCUGGGUGGCCAAACCAGUUACCAAUCUGCUGGAGACCCAAAAGAAGACGAACUGUAUGAAACAGCUAUAAUAGAAACAAAUUGCACUUACCGUCUGAUGGAUGACAAGCUUGUUCCCGAUGACGACUUCUGGGGGAAAAUCCCGAAGUGCUCCCUUCUGCAGUCAAAAGAGGUACUGGUGUUUGAUUUUGGUAGUGAAGUUUACGUAUGGCAUGGCAAAGAAGUUACAUUGGCACAACGGAAAAUAGCAUUUCAGCUGGCAAAGCACUUAUGGAAUGGAACCUUUGACUAUGAGAACUGUGACAUUAACCCACUGGAUCCUGGAGAAUGCAACCCGCUUAUUCCCAGAAAAGGACAGGGGCGGCCUGAUUGGGCAAUAUUUGGGAGACUUACAGAACACAAUGAGACUAUUUUGUUCAAAGAGAAAUUUCUCGAUUGGACCGAACUGAAGAGACCUAAUGAGAAAAACGCCAGUGAACUCAUCCAGCAGAAGGAGGAUCCUAGGGCCGAAGUCAAGCCGUACGAUGUGACCCGGAUGGUGCCAGUGCCCCAGACGACAGCUGGCACUGUGCUGGACGGGGUGAACGUGGGCCGUGGCUAUGGCCUGGUGGAGGGGGACGACAGGAGGCAGUUUGAGAUAGCCAGCGUCUCUGUGGACGUCUGGCAUAUCCUUGAAUUCGACUACAGCAGGCUCCCCAAACAGAGCAUUGGGCAGUUCCAUGAAGGGGACGCCUAUGUGGUCAAGUGGAAGUACAUGGUGAGCACUGCAGUGGGGAGCCGCCAGAAGGGCGAGCACGCCGUGAGGGUGGCCGGCAAAGAGAGAUGCGUCUACUUCUUCUGGCAAGGCCGGCAGUCGACCGUCAGCGAGAAGGGCACAUCGGCUCUGAUGACAGUGGAGCUGGACGAAGAAAGGGGAGCCCAGGUCCAGGUCCUCCAGGGCAAGGAACCCCCCUGUUUCCUGCAGUGUUUCCAGGGGGGGAUGGUGGUACACUCCGGCAGACGGGAAGAGGAGGAAGAAAAUGCGCAAAGCGAGUGGAGGCUGUACUGUGUGCGAGGAGAAGUGCCCAUGGAAGGAAAUUUGCUGGAAGUGGCCUGCCACUGUAGCAGUUUGAGGUCCAGGACGUCCAUGGUUGUCCUCAACGUAAACAAAGCCCUCAUUUACCUGUGGCACGGAUGCAAAGCCCAAGCCCACACGAAGGAGGUUGGAAGGACUGCAGCAAAUAAAAUCAAAGAACAGUGCCCCCUGGAAGCAGGACUGCAUAGCAGCAGCAAAGUGACCAUACACGAGUGUGACGAAGGCUCCGAGCCCCUGGGGUUCUGGGACGCGCUGGGAAGGAGAGACAGGAAAGCCUACGACUGCAUGCUCCAGGAUCCUGGAAAUUUUAACUUCACACCCCGCCUGUUCAUCCUCAGCAGUUCCUCUGGGGAUUUCUCAGCCACAGAAUUCAUGUACCCUGCCCGGGACCCCUCUGUGGUCAAUUCCAUGCCCUUCCUGCAGGAGGACCUGUACAGCGCGCCACAGCCAGCACUCUUCCUGGUUGACAAUCACCAUGAGGUGUACCUCUGGCAAGGCUGGUGGCCCAUCGAGAACAAGAUCACCGGUUCUGCCCGCAUUCGCUGGGCCUCCGACCGAAAGAGCGCCAUGGAGACCGUGCUCCAAUACUGCCGGGGAAAAAAUAUCAAGAAGCCACCGCCCAAAUCUUACCUGAUCCACGCGGGUCUGGAGCCCCUGACGUUCACUAAUAUGUUCCCCAGCUGGGAGCACAGAGAGGACAUUGCUGAGAUCACGGAAAUGGAUACGGAAGUUUCGAAUCAGAUCACUCUUGUGGAAGACGUGUUAGCCAAGCUCUGUAAAACCAUUUACCCACUGGCUGAUCUCCUAGCCAGGCCACUGCCCGAGGGAGUUGAUCCUCUAAAGCUUGAGAUUUAUCUCACCGAUGAAGACUUCGAGUUUGCACUAGACAUGACAAGAGAGGAAUACAAUGCACUGCCCGCCUGGAAGCAAGUGAACCUGAAGAAAGCAAAAGGUCUUUUCUGAACGGAGAGAUGCUGGUGGAACCUCUGUUGUCACUUUCAAUACCAUUGGACCAGGAAAGUGGAUAUUUUUUGGACUGGUGUUUUUAAAAAUAUUUUUUAAUCAGAGUUUCCAAAACCUGAAUUUAUUAGCUCUCCUGCUUGUCCUGGAGUUGUGUAUUUUGUAAAUGUUUAAGAGAACUCUUCGGGAACUCUUUCCACGAUUCAGCAGGUAAUGUUAAUAAAAACCCCGUAGGCGCACCUCAGCGGCCGCCCCCCCGCGGCCGCCGCAGCACUGCCCUCCUGUUCCAGCUACGCGUUGCCUAUUUUUUUUUAAGCAGUUCUCUUUAUAAAGUGUUAUUUUGAUAGUUGGUGGAUUCUAAAAUAUAUAUAUUUAUAUAAACACCAUAUAAAUCAAAUAUGUAUUUAACAAAGCAGUAUGUAUUCAUUCACUUUUCAGAUUUUGGGGGGGUGUCAAAAUAUUAUUAAAAGGUAGAUGGCGUUGCUUCUGUGGAAUUAGCUCUGCCACCGAUACGUAUAUUCACCAUGUUCAGAAAUGUCUUCUUCAGCAUUAGGUCUUACUUGUUCUGAGUGCUGCUUCCGGUGCUAAAAGGAACAGAAAAUGUGCACUUCCUGGCAUGGAAUCUGUACGAAUUCACCUUUCUACCUUAAUGUCUCCCCAAAAUGUAUAGUGCCUUGUUUUUAUGUACAGUUUAUAUACAUAAAAGUUUGCCCUGCAUUUUUUUGAUGAUGGUUUGGAACAUUAUCUACAAUUUUACUCUAAAAUAGUAGAAAUAAAAAAACAUCUCAAUUUCUAAUACCUGUUGUAAACAUUAAACAUGUCAUCUUGUGAUCUAGGACUCCAAAAUAAAAGCUUCGGAAUAAA